UCCCCAACCCCAGAGCCACCGACGAUGAAAACAGUGGAACGAUCACUGGACAGAGACACCGUCGUUGGGAAGAUGGGAGACCUGAUUACGACGGCCGCGAGCAGGCAUUGGACGGAGGAAAAGCACAAACAGCUCGGGGAGGAAUUGGCGGAGGAAAUGGUCGUGGUGCUUCCAGCGGACAUGAAGCUGCUGUUGAGAGUCUUCGCAGGCAUGACGAAAAACGAACAAAUUGGGAAGUGGGUUGAUGAAUGCCGGGAGGAUAAAUCGACGAUCCGAUGGACGGAA